AUGUCUCAAGACGAGAAGGUCCGCUCCUCGGUCGACGCAGCCCGCGACACCGCCCUGCCUGUGCUGCCCACCAUCAACCCCGAUGCUCCCACGCCCAAGCCAAACGCGCCCGCCUCCUUUCACCCGGCCGUCUAUGUUGCAGUCUGGAUCACCCUCAGUUCGAGCACAAUCGUUUUCAACAAGUACAUUCUGGACACGGCAAAGUUCCACUUUCCCAUCUUCCUCACAACAUGGCAUCUGAUCUUCGCGACCGUCAUGACGCAGAUCCUCGCGCGCUUCACCACCAUCCUCGACUCGAGAAAGAAGGUGCCCAUGACGGGCAAGGUCUACCUGCGCGCCAUCGUGCCAAUUGGCCUCUUCUUCAGCCUGAGCUUGAUCUGCGGUAACCAGGCAUACCUGUACCUCAGCGUCGCUUUCAUCCAGAUGCUUAAGGCCACUACUCCUGUUGCUGUCCUGCUCGCAACCUGGGGCAUGGGAAUUGCGCCCGUCAACCUCAAGGUUCUCGGCAACGUCUCCUUCAUUGUCGUCGGUGUUGUCAUUGCGUCCUUUGGCGAGCUCCAAUUCGUCAUGGUCGGCUUCCUCUUCCAGGUCGCCGGUAUCGUCUUCGAGGCCACCCGUCUGGUCAUGGUGGAGCGCAUUCUGAGCUCCAAGGAGUUCAAGAUGGAUCCCCUUGUCUCGCUCUACUACUACGCCCCUGCCUGCGCCGUCAUGAACUCUCUCGUUCUGAUCUUCACCGAGCUGCCCACUCUCACCAUGAGCGAUAUCCACCGCGUCGGUGGCCUUACCCUCCUCGCGAACGCUGGCGUUGCUUUCCUUCUCAACGUCUCCGUCGUCUUCCUGAUUGGCAAGACCUCGUCCCUCGUCCUCACCCUCUCCGGUGUACUAAAGGACAUCCUCCUCGUUUUCGCGUCCAUGUUCCUCUUCCGUGACCCCGUUACCCUGAUCCAGGCUUUCGGUUACAGCAUCGCGCUCGGUGGUCUUAUCUAUUACAAGCUCGGAGGAGAGAAGCUGAAGGAGGCUCUCAGCGCCGGCAGCAUGAAGUGGGCAGAGUUUGGCCAGACCCGCCCAGCGCUCCGCAAGCUGAUGGUCCUCGGUGGCGUCGUCGUCUCGAUGUUCUUCAUCUUGGGCAGCCUUGGUCCGCGCUACGCCCCUGAUCAGACUGGCAAGCUCUACAACGGUGUCCAGAGCGGUAUUGGUCACGUUCUCGGCGAGAAGGGCGCGUAA